AUGGCUCCCAAAGUCGCUAUUGUCUUCUACUCGAUGUACGGCCACAUCCUCAAGAUGGUCGAGGAGGAGGCCAGAGGUAUCAGAGAGGCCGGCGGUCACGUCGACAUCUACCAGAUCGAGGAGACUCUCACCGAGGAUGUCCUCGCCAAGAUGCACGCCCCUCCUAAGACCAACUACCCUGUCCUCUCCGACCCCAAGACCCUCGAACAGUAUGACGGGUUCCUCUUCGGUAUCCCUACUAGAUACGGCAACUGGCCCGCUCAGUUCAAGGCCUUCUGGGACAAGACUGGCGGUCAAUGGCAGACUGGUGCUUACUGGGGCAAGUACGCCGGUGCCUUCGUUUCCACUGCCACCCCCGGCGGCGGUCAGGAGUCCACCAUCAUCAGUGCCAUGUCGACCUUCGUCCACCACGGCAUGAUCUACGUUCCUCUCGGCUACAAGACCGUCUUCGGCACUCUCGCCGACCUCACCGAGGUUCGCGGUGGCUCCCCCUGGGGUGCCGGUACCUUCGCCGGUCCCGAUGGCAGCAGACAGCCCUCCGAGAAGGAGCUCUCGCUCGCCUUCGAGCAGGGCAAGGCCUUCUGGACCGCUCUUACCAAGCAGAACUUCGCAUGA